UUAACAGCAGCGUAUGGUUACCGAACAGUAAUGCUCGGUCAAUGUUGUCACUGAAAUAUUUGCCUAGAACGAUAUUUUCGGAUUAUUUUUUGUACAUGCGAGCAUGUUUCAGCAACUUUCAUGCCUCGACGACAUGUCUAGAAGUUGACCUGUAUAACUUGCUUUACAAGAAAAGCCAAAGCGAACAGUCAACAAAGCAGGUUACGGGAGCUGGUACUAGGCUUUCAAGCAAGUCGGGCAAAUGCAGAACUCGAAGGCAAGUGUGCCAGCUUAUAUUGGACCAUUUCGACUCUCAGUACAGCCAAGAGCUUGGAGACCAGUGGGGCUCUGUAAGGAGUGUCCUGCUGAAUCCACACUGCUGGCAGCACGGUGCCCUGCUGAACCGCUUCGGUGACCUUGCAGGCGUCCAGUCGCAUCUCCACUCGCUGGGCUACCACAGUCUCGUACCCCAUUCUCAUUCUCCUGCCUCCCGGUCUGAGCCUGGCUCCUCGCACAUCUGCAGCCCUUUGCGGUGUCUCCUUCCAGAAGGUGUGACGCGUCUGCCUACCCAGCGCCACCGGGCCGGCUGGUUGAAGCAGUAUUACCUGCUUAAUGCCGCCUCUCUGCUGCCGGUGCUGGCUCUGCAGGUGAGGGACGGCGAGAAGGUGCUAGACCUGUGCUCGGCCCCUGGUGGGAAAGCUCUUGCUGUGCUGCAGGAGGCCAUGCCAGGACUGUUGCGCUGCAACGACGUGGACGAAAGCAGGUCCAAGUGGCUGCAGAAGACUCUGCAGUCAUACAUCCCUCCUGCGGUCCUGAGCACGGUCACCGUGACGAACACAGAUGGCAGGGCUAUCGGCAGUGCAGAGCCACAGGUGUAUGACAAGGUGCUGGUAGAUGCCCCGUGCUCUAAUGACCGCAGUUGGCUAUUUACCCCUGGACCCCAGCAGGGGGAGCUGUGGUUAAGAGCACGAACCCAACUCCCCCACUUACAAAAGGACCUGCUCUGUUCAGCCUUGGCAGCAGUGCGUCCCGGAGGAAUGGUGGUUUACUCCACCUGUACUUUGUCCCGUGGAGAGAACCAAUCAGUCGUGGAGGCAGUUCUUACUUCCUGCCCAGGGGUGGAGCUUCUAGACCUAGAGGAAGAGCUGAUUGGCUCGCUCUCUCAACAUUUUACAUUUGCACGCCUCCAGCCUCCGUUGGGCCAUUUGGUGGUUCCGGAACAUGGAAGAACCUGGGGGCCCAUGUUUGUAUGCAGACUGAGGAGACUCUCCUGAAGAUGUACAUUACCUUGGUGUGAAAGGAAUUUUAAACGUUGUCCUGCCUUGAUAGCAUAAUGUUCUUUUCUAUUACGGUCAUGCUUUAGCUGGUCUCAUUAAAUUCCUGUGCCAUGGUGAAAGACAAAAUCUUAAAUGGAGGAUGAAGUGAAAGGCUUAUUAGUAAUGUGCUUUUCUUGCUGAAGCGUCUUUGACAAGUAGUUAGACAUGGACUGAUUAAAGACUUGACUGCCUCUGCAAAUCAACUUUUCUCAAUAAAAUGUAUAAUCAUUCGAA